AUGAAUCGUUUCUGGGAAGUUGAAGAUAUUUCGCCAUUCGUUAAGAAGGAAACCGAAACAGAUGUAUGCGAAGAGAUCUUUUGUUCCACCCACAGUCGGACGUCAAUUGGAAGGUACAUGGUAAUGCUUCCAUUCCUAGAGGACGUUUCAAUGCUUCAGGACAAUCGAUCCGUUGCUUUUCGUCGUUUCCUGAUGCUCGAGCGGCGAUUCAAGAGAGAUCCCACUUUUAAAAAGUCAUAUUCUGAAUUUAUUGAUGAGUACGAGGCAUUGGGUCAUUGCCGCGAAAUCAAUGAAGCAGACGAUGAUCCUACCCAGGGACGUUACUACAUUCCACAUCACGCCGUACUACGACCAACCAGUUCAACGACGCCGAUUAGGGUCGUGUACAAUGCCUCUGCCAAGCCAAGUUCAUCUGCCAAGUCCCUUAACGAGGUACUUCUCGUCGGAGGUGUUGUCCAGAGUGAUUUGUUCACCAUUCUUCUUCGUUUUCGCAUACACGCCGUUCUAUUUACCGCUGAUAUAGCUAAAAUGUAUCGGCAGAUACGAGUUACUUUGUGUCACACACCAUUUCAACGAAUUUUCUGGCGGAAGAAUUCCACUGAAUGUCUUCGUGUUCUAGAGCUGCUAACAGUUACGUACGGGACAACUUCGGCCCCAUUCCUCGCCACCAGAUGCCUUAAUCAAUUGUGCUACGAUGAGGGUGACCGAUUUCCGUAG